AUGUCGUCCCAUUUAAAUUGGAUGAUCAUCCGAAACAACAAUGCGUUCCUUGUAAAGAAACGUAAUAUCAAGAAGCCCUUCAGCAAGGAGCCUAACAAUGUGACUAACCUCAACUCAUUCAAAUACAAUGGCUUGAUCCACAAAAAAGCCGUCGGUGUUGUUGAAAAUCCCGACAGGAAAGGCUUCUCUGUGGUGUACAAAAAGGCCAAGGCUACCAAUAAGCCAGCGAAGAACCUUAUCAGCCGCCCAUUUAAAGCUGGCGCCAGAAGAUCACUCCACAAAGUGAAGCGACUACUCAGAGCCAACAACUACCGCACUGACUUGGCCAAGGCAACCCUUCGUCGUGCUUCUGCCAUCCUUCGUUCGCAAAGGCCCGUUAAGGCAAAGAAACCUAAAGCGGCUGCCGCUAAGUCGGAAUAA